AUGGUUGAUCUAGAUUGGCAAACAAAGAUGGUUUGUUCCAACAUGCCUCCCAAGUCCCCCAAACUCUCUCUCUUGGAAAACAAAAUCCCAAUCCCCACUUUGCAAAUCCCCCUUCCCCAAAACGACAUCACUGCAGCGUCGUCCCCGGUUUGUGCUGCCUAUGACAACUACCUACGCCUCCCCGACCUCAGAAAUCUUUGGGCCUUCAACGACUUUCCCGGUUGGGCCAACCAGCCCAUCCUAAAGCCCGCCUUACACGGCCUCGAAAUCACCUUCGGAUUUCUAGCUACCGUUUUAUCGGACCCGAGGCCCUACGUUAACAAGCGCGAGUGGACUCGACGCGUUGAGUCUCUGGCCACCGCGCAGGUCCAGAUCAUUGCCAUGCUCUGCGAAGACGAGGAACAAAACCCGGAGACACGUGGCAAGGCACCCGUGAGUGACGUCAACGACUUUGUCAACGGUCAAAGAAGAAGCUACAGCGAGGAGAGCCUGCUCCCGCGUCUCGCCACGUGGCAUAGAUCCAGGGACGUGGCGAGGAGGAUCCUUGCCACCGUGGAAUGCGAGAUGAUGAGGUGCACGUACACGUUGGGUCUCGGAGAAGCGAAUAUCGCGGGAAAAAAGGUUCUCCGUUACGACGCCGUUUGCAGGCCUAGCGAGAUCCGUUCCUUGGAGACGACGCCGUAUGACCAUGUGGAGAAUUACGAGAACAAGACGGUGCACGCGGCGCAGCAGAUCGUGGAGUGCUGGACACGCGCGGGGAGGAGGCUGGUGGAAAGAGUGGUGGAGUCGGUGGAGAGGAGAGCGUUGGAGGAAGCGGCGAGUGAGUGCCACGCGGUGGAGCGGAUCUGGAAGCUUCUAGCUGAGGUUGAGGACGUGCAUAUGAUGAUGGAUCCGGAGGACUUUCUUCGGCUGAAGAAGGAGUUGGGGAUGAGGAGGGGAGGCGAAACGGUGGCGUUUUGCUUCAGGUCGAAGGAGGUUGUGGAGUUGGCGAGGGUGUGUAGGGAUCUGAGGCAGAAGGUGCCGGAGAUAUUGGAGGUGGAGGUGGACCCGAAGGGUGGGCCCGGGAUGAUGGAGGCGGCGAUGAAGGUGUACGCGGAGAAAACGAAGGGGUUCGAGAAGGUUCUUGUUUUGCAGGGUAUGCAAGCGAUUGAGGUGGCGAUGAAGAGGUUCUUCUUCGCUUACAAGCAGGUUGUGACGGUUGUGAUGGGAAGCUCCGAGGCCGACGGGUUAACUCAGAUAUUCCUUGAACCCACCUAUUUCCCUAGCUUGGAUGCUGCCAAGACAUUUCUCAGUUACUACUGGGAAAAUAAUCACAAUAUGCUGCUUCCUUGCUAG